AUGGAUUUUCCGCAAACGCCACCAUUCCGCAUUAUCAUUGCCGGGGCCGGCCUCGUGGGCUUAACUGCGGCACACAUACUACACCAGGCCGGUAUCGACUUUGUGAUCCUAGAGAAGCACGUAGAUCCAGUCCCAAAGGUCGGAUCCGUCAUGACGAUCUGGCCGCAGACACCUCGCAUGUUCCAACAGCUGGGACUUGAUACGUUUCUUGAUCCUCUGAUGGAGUCUCUCCGGACCAGCAUCGUUAUCUCUGGGGACAAUUCGCGCCAGCUCGACGUCUCUGAAUUUCCAUCUACCAUCGAGAAACAUGGUGUUCAGGUGAUUUGUAAGGACGGCCACGUUGAAGACGGAUCCAUUCUCAUUGGUGCCGACGGGGUCCGGAGCCGUAUACGCCUGUGCAUGGAGGCUCUGCGACAACAUAAAGCACCUCACGACCUGGAUGAGAAAUAUCAAAGGCCGUACCACUCCACUUACAGGGUACUCGUAAGCCAAGUCGAACCAUUGCCAGAUGCUCCAUUACGUGUCAAAUGCGACGGCGUCAGUUACGGCGCUGCAACGCAAUUCUUACACGGCAACCAGGUCUCUUGCUUCGCCAUCUAUGAGAAGCUGACAAAACCGGCUCCGAGACAUCACCACUACACAGAAGAUGACAAGCAUGAGAUGCUGAAGCGCUGGGCCCAUCUGAUGGUCAUGCCAGACUAUUCGGUACGUGAUUUGAAGUUGACGGGAGGUAAUAUUGGGCUGUAUGACUGCGAAGAGGGCUUGAUAUCUAGUUGGUACCACGGUCGUAUUGUACUGGUGGGUGAUGCGGUAAGGAAGCUUGAUCCCCACACGGGCAUGGGAUACAAUGAGGGGGUUAUCGACCUGAUAGUGCUUAUCAACUAG